GGGUAACGCUGAGACGCUCGGAUCUGGAGUGCUGUCAUAACACAUCCGAUUUCAACGUACAUCAUCACGUGUUGUUGCGCGGUUGAGUCGGAACGAAGUGAUCCGGUUGACUGAAAUGAACGGUUUUGCCCGCCACUAAAAUACUCCAGACCGUAGACCCGAGUCGCACGCCCAGCUUCGAGCUGCUUCCGCGUUCCGCUCGGCUUGACGGCAUUCAACCAGUAGUCACGCCGUACAUGUUGUAGUAUGUGUGGUACGGAGUGAAGAGGUCUCACUCUCUGCCGUCUCAUAACUAUACAUCUGACAAUAAAUAUACAUAUAUAUCCGAGUCCUGAUCGGGAGAUAACGUCCGAUUCCCAUUGAGUCUGAAAACAUUGCAAAACUCUUCAUGUAAUUGUAAACUUGGUUAGAGCACUAAGUCAAAGUCUAAAAUUCAUUCAUUGGCCAGCCAAUCCCAGGGCACAUAUAGACAAACAACCAUUCACACUCACAUUCAUACCUAUGGACAAUUUGGAGUGGCUAAUUAACCUAGCAUGUUUUUGGAAUGUGGGAGGAAACCGGAGCACCACGCAUGCAAACUGGAUGGCUGAGGGUGAAAUUGAACCCGGGUCUCCGAGUUGUGAGCCCUGCGCGCCAACCACCCCUCCACUAUGCAGUCGGAACCAGUAUCACUGAAAUUGAAACAAUGGCCAACCCUAGUCGCCACUUGAAAGGGUUCUGGUUCAGGUUUGCUGAAGGUUUUUGUCGUAUGAACCCCAACCUGAACAUAAUUCCAACCUAGGCUAGUCCUGCCCUCCAAGUGUGUCCCAUCCAUCCUUACAGGAUUAUUGGGUCUAUAUUUGUCCUGGCUAAUUGGAUGGGUUUAGCCUUCCCAAUGCUGCCGAGCCCACGUGUAGUCAAAGGGGUCCAUGAAUGUGAUGUUCCAGUAAGUCAUUACUGCCACCAGAACACCGCGUGGUACACAUUGGUGACCCGCAGGCUGUUUACACGGACCAGAGAAUGUCCACAGACCUUGCUCUUUUUUUUUUUUAGAGGAAGUUGAACUUUGAGCGAAAAGCAACUCUGAUAUUGACGAGGGUCAUUUUCUGCACUGUUCGGGUUUGGGUUAGGCGGGGGAACUUCAUCUGGAAUUUGGGCUUCAUUAGCCGUCAUCCAAACCAAACAUUCCGUAGUAUGUCUUUCCUCUGAACAUUUAGCGUUUGUUGCUUUGAGAUAACAGCCGUUGGAGGAUGGCCUUGCUAACUACUGGAGCGAUAUCGGACGAUGGCCAAAGGAUAACACUGAAUGAGUCACAUCCCCUCUACCCAAAGUGACCCGGUUUACCCCCACCCUACCCCCCCCUUUCCUUUUUGUUCAUCCUUACCCUUAUAGAGUCAAUAAUAUGAUUGUGGGAUGAUGUGAUUUGACAUCAACUUCCUGUCCAGCCAAGCUUUCCACUUGGGCCUUUUGGAUCAGAUCUUUGGCCCGAGCACGUUAUCCCUAGCUGGAUCUUUUCCUCAGUUCACCCCCCCCCCCCCCACGUCCUUGGGCCAUGGUUCGAAAGAAGGGUUCCUUGAUACUAUGCGGUGCUUUUCUGUUUGUUGCGUGGAAUGCCGUGCUGCUGCUCUACCUUUGGGGUCGCCCUCCAAUUGGCCGCCUCGGCGAAGGUGGCGGCGCCGAACCGGGAGGCAAAGAGGAGUGGGAUGUGAUCGGAGGCAAAGGAAGCCCGGCCAGCCUGGCGGGUGAGGUGAUCCGCUUGGCCGAGGAAGUGGAAUUUCAGCUGGAGACCCAGAAAAAGCUACUAAAGGUGAUCGAGAGCCACAAGGCGGCCUGGUCCAAGUGGAAAGACGUUGGCAAAGGACAAACGGGUGUCACCCAAAAAGGCCACUUGGAUGCCGAUCGUCAGCCGCCAAAGCCUGCGCUCCCGUUGAACGACGAGGCGGACACCAAGGAUCCAACUCCAAAACAGACGCCCCUGACUUCAGCCGCUCCAGAUGUUGCGCACCAAUCCCACGUCAAGACGGUCAGCACCGGAAACGGCCAACUGGCAACCUCUGCCAGCCCGGAAGUUGUCAUUCCCAUCCUCGUCAUCGCUUGCGACAGAGUCACCGUGAAACGCAGUCUGGACAAACUCCUUCAGUACCGCCCUUCCCCACAACUCCACCCGAUCAUCGUCAGCCAGGACUGCAGCCAUGCCGAGACCGCCAGUGUCAUCGACUCGUACGGCCCUCAACUGACGCACAUUCGCCAACCGGACCUCUCGGACAUCAGAGUACGACCCGAGCACAGGAAGUUCCAGGGCUACUACAAGAUUGCCAGACAUUACCGAUGGGCCCUCAACCAAGUGUUCGGCACGUUCUCCCAUUCCGCCGUGGUCAUCGUGGAGGACGACCUGGAGGUGGCUCCAGACUUCUUUGAGUACUUCAGAGCCCUCUACCCAGUCCUGCGCUCGGACCCGACCCUGUGGUGUGUAUCUGCCUGGAAUGACAACGGCAGGGACGCCUUGGUGGAUCCAUCCAAAGCCGGUCUCCUCCACAGGACAGAUUUCUUCCCGGGUCUGGGCUGGAUGCUGCUCAAGGAGGUUUGGGCCGAGUUAGAACCCAAAUGGCCUUCGGCCUUCUGGGACGAUUGGAUGCGUCAGCCCGAGCAGCGCAAGGACCGCUCGUGCGUUCGGCCAGAAAUCUCCCGGACUAUUACGUUUGGGCGGAAAGGGGUCAGUCUAGGUCAGUUCUUUGACCAGUACCUUCGCUAUAUUCGACUCAACACGGAAUUUGUGCCUUUUACCAAACAAGACUUGUCUUAUCUGCUCAAAGACAAGUACGAUGACCGGUUCAUUCAAGAGGUUUACCGUACGCCGCUGGUCAAGAUGGAGGAGCUGCAACAUGGGGGAACGUUAAGGGGGCCGGGGCCCUACAGAGUCAAGUAUUCAAGCAGGGACAGUUUCAAGGUUCUGGCCCGAAAUCUGGGGGUGAUGGAUGACUUGAAGUCCGGGGUCCCACGGACGGGCUACAGGGGCGUUGUCAGUUUCCUCUUCAGAGGUCGAAGGGUGUUCUUGGCUCCGCCAGAAGGUUGGACGCAGUACGAUGUCAGCUGGAGCUGAGGCGGAUGCUAACAAAUAGUCCGAGUGGGAGCACGGGGGGGCUGUGAGCUGGUCCGUUUCUCACUCAGGAUCAGCUGGCGUGGAGGCCACCUCAGAGUUCAACUUUCCAGCUUUGAACCACGUUUGGCAAAGUGCCUUGCUUUCCAGUCCCGUUAGCUUAGCUGUGUUCUUGCAUUCCGUUGGUCCGUAGCGCUCAGCCCCAAGGUCACAGCGGCUGUAAAUAACCUUGGCGGGGCGGCACCGUUGGGAUCGGACACGGCCCCGAAAUGUCAUGGUUCAGUGUCCGUGAUGACAACGUGGAAGCCAAGAAUGGGAAGAAUCGUCACUCUGGGAACCGACUCCUCGUUCCGUCUCUGCAACUCAUUCAGGGGUGUCCAAAGGGUGUCCAAGGGGUGUCCAAAGGGUGUCCAAAGGGUGUCCAAAGGGUGUCCAAAGGGUGUCCAAAGGGUUUCCAGCCAGGACGCAUCUUUACCGCUUUGGGAUUUGGGAGAUACGCUGAGAAGUUCGAUGUCGAAAAGGCCUGUUAUUAUUCAUAACAGCUUACUCUUUCAUAUAUAUAUAUUUUUUCUAUCGUUUUAUUUUCUAUAUAUUUCUUCUGAAAAUAAUCCCAGUCAUUUCUUGUAUUAUGACUUCAUCGUCAUAUUUUCACUUUAUUCUCAUUUUCCAAAAAUGUCAACUUAAUUUUUUAUGAUUUGUUUUUUAAAUAUCAACACUCUGGUGCUGAAAUGACGUUCUUCCUCACAUUAUUACUCAUUUAUUCUCUUAAAAUUGACACUUUUUCUCACAAGAAGCCAACAUGUCUCCCUUUACUUUUGACUUUUUAUUCUUACUUCUACUCAAUUCCAAUCAUAUUUUCACUUCAUUCUUAUCAAAACUUCAUUUUCCCAAAAUUUUCCAUAAUACAGUCAUCUCUCGUUUAUGGUGUUUAUUUGGUUGGAGACUCCGCCACAAUAAGUACAUUUCCUGAAAGUAGGAUGCCUUAUUUCCCAGGGAAGAUUUUUGUAGUUGGGAUCAUAGGAAAUCUGUUUGCUAGCUUCUAAAUACGCUUUAGCAUUAGCAUUAGCAUUCAUUCACACGCAUUUGCUACAUUUAAGGAUGCUGGAAAUGACACUGAAACAUCUAAACAUCUACAUUUACCUCAAAUGACAAAAGGGAUGUCUGAACGCCCCCCCCCCCCCAUUGCUCAUAAUAACACCUUCAUGGUGAUUAAUGAUUAAUUCAUUUAAAAUGUGAUUAAUCUGAUUAAACUAGACACCUGCAUUAGACCUGGUGCCCAGUCUUGUGUACGGUGUUGAAAUUUGAACCAGGAUGUGGCGAAGGGGGGGACUUUCUUGUGGGCGGCAAAUGGUCCCCAGGCUGCACCUUGGACACCCCUGAUCUGGAGGCUUUUGCCUUCCAUGCAACCACUGUUCUUAUUUAUUGUUCCUCCAAGUUGGUCGGGGAACAAGACUGUAAAUGUGGAGUUCAACCUGUGCAUCUCAUUCCCGUCAUGCUGGAUUCUCUACGUUUUCCCAAGAGUCUUUGCACCCUCACCCUCACCACCAAAAGCUGAAAGAAAGCAGCGCACACGCUCUUUCUUCUUCUGUGCUACAGUAAACCUCGAAUAUAUCGGACUCGGAUAUAUCGGAAAUUCGCUCACAACGGACAGAUAAAAAAGAACCAAUUUUUCUGUAAUGCAUUUCCAAUAAAAAUUCAUUGCAUAUAUUGGAUUUUUUAUAACGGAUUUCGCCUAUUUCGGACAAAAUCUCCAGUCCCGUUCCAAUGCAUUUCCAUGAAAUUUCCCUGGCAUAUAUCGGAUGGCCGCAUCGUGGCGCUCCGAUUCGCCGAAUGGUGACAGGCCGCUAUACGACGUCAUUUGCAGCGUUUGCAGCGUUGCCUGCGCGUCCAGGUACAUUGGAAACAUAGUCAAGGAAGUGCCUUUUUAGAACGGAUAAAAUCCCAUUUACGCAUAUACCGGAUAUAAAUCCCAUAUAUGCGUAAAACGGACAUUUUCCGGUAUACGCAUAUAAUGGAUUUCGCUUAUAUCGGACAAAACCAGUGGGAACAAUUGAAUCCGAUAUAUCCGAGGUUUACUGUAUUUGACAGAUGGAGAGUUCCGGGUUUGUCAUUUUGGUAGAUACCAUUACCGACCAUCUCUUGGUUUGAUUGGUUGGUUGGUUGGUUGUCCACUGUGGCGUUAAAAGUCCAACGUUCCCGUGUCCUAUUUGUCAAAGUUCAGAGUGUUCUGAAUCGGAAUUUGACCACUUGAACUUGGUUGGUCCGUGACCAGAGUGAAGGAUGAAAGUUGGACGACUUUAGCCAAGCAGAAUAACGUUUGACGUUGGCACCCUGGCGGGGGGGCGGGCGGGGGGCAGUUAUGGCUUGACCACUUGACAUCCCAAACUAUGGUUUGUUGAAAAACCAAUGAUUGUCUGCUUUUGUCUUUUCUUUCAAUGAUAUGAUUAUCACUGUACUGUCAAGCUUUGGGGGGGGGGGGGGUGUAAUCCACGAUCUGUCAUAUCUGUACGGUGAUAUGAAAAACACUGCCCGAUGCGUUUGUAACGUUCAAACAUUGGAAAUAAAAUCAACUAUUUUGAUAUUUGUGCACAUAUUGAAUCGGCCUCUUUGUAUGUGAUGACCUUAAAGGGGACUUUACUAUUAUGCUAACUUUCUUGUUGUGGAGUUUAUCUGGCUUACAGCCACGCCCAUAUAAGGAAGUCUGCAUACAUCGUUUAUCAUCAACUAUAUCGUUUAUGAACAAAGUUAGCAGCACAGUCAAGAAUUCUUUCUCUGCACUUUGCAACGUGACCAAAGACGGGAGAGUGGGCGUGCCUGGAGGCGGAGCGUGGGUGGAAUACGCGGGAAGGAAUACAUCCAAGCUUGCGUCCGUCCAUUCGCAUGUCACAUGUCGACCACGUUAGCCUGACACGCUAAUGCACGCUCUACGACGAGGACUGUUCUAAAGCAGGUGCUCGUUUUUUUUUUAGUGGGUCGCAACACGUAACAUACAUUCUACAUACAUUCUACAUACAUUGU